AUGGGUGUAACUGGACAGUAUCAGCCAUUAAGUACUGAAGAACCAGAGCAAUCGGGACUGGCCAUCUAUAGCUCCCAGCCCGCUGCUGCACCACGAACACUGAUUGAUAUCCUGGAAGAUUCCAUUAAGGUUCAUCCUCAGCAUCCUGCCAUUGACAAUGGACAGACAUGCCUUACCUAUAGCCAACUACAAGAAGAACUUGCCAUUCGCGUAGCAACACUGCGCGCAUCUGGGAUAGGCGUGGGUGAUCGGGUGGGAAUUCGCAUGACCCCUGGUACUGUCGACCUAUACGUGAGUAUCUUGGCCGUUUUAACAGCGGGGGCGGCCUAUGUUCCGGUCGACGUUAAUGAUCCAGAUGAGCGAGCGAAUACAGUAUGGGCAGAGUCUUGCGUCUGUGCAGUCUUGACCGAUGGCCCAAAAUUGACAACUCACGCCGCCUCUUUAGCUCAAUCCAAAUUCGAAAAGCCCACCAUAGACGACACGGCCUGGAUCAUUCAUACUUCUGGGUCGACAGGCAAACCAAAGGGGGUGGCUGUCACGCAUGGCAGUGCAGCUGCGUUUGUCGAUGCAGAGGCUCAACUAUUCCUAUCCGAACGACCCAUUGCCCCUGGUGACCGAGUUCUGGCUGGACUUUCAGUAGCCUUUGAUGCAUCAUGUGAAGAAAUGUGGCUAGCAUGGCGGAAUGGAGCAUGCCUCGUACCAGCGCCUCGCUCGUUGGUCAGAGCGGGCGUAGAACUGGGCGCGUUUUUGGCCCAACAAUCUAUAUCCGUCGUCUCAACAGUCCCGACAUUGGCAGCGAUGUGGCCGUUAGAAAAUCUUCAGAAAGUACGGCUAUUGAUCCUGGGCGGAGAGGUGUGUCCCGCAGAGCUUGUAAGCCGUCUCGAAAGCCAUGGACGAAGCAUAUGGAACACAUAUGGCCCAACGGAAACAACGGUGGUCGCAUGCGCGGCGCCCUUGGUGGCCGGCCAGUCGGUUCGCAUUGGUCUUCCGUUGGCCGGCUGGCAACUCGCUGUCAUAGGGCCAGACGGCAAACCUGUCGCGUGGGGUGAGACUGGAGAACUUGUCAUCGCAGGUGCGGGUUUGGCUCGCUAUCUGGACAUUGAGAAAGAUAUGGUCAAAUUUGCACCAUUGCCGUCCAUCGGUUGGCCACGAUCAUACCGAACUGGCGAUCUGGUACGUGCAGAACAACAGGGGCUGGUAUUCAUUGGACGAAAUGACGAGCAGAUUAAGUUAGGAGGUCGUCGUGUCGAGUUAGGUGAAAUUGAUGCUAGAUUGAUGAUGCUCCCUGGCGUUAGUGCGGCUGCCAGCGCAAUCCGUCAAAGCGAGACGGGCACACCACUCCUCGUCGGCUACAUCAUUCGAGAUGUCGCUGCCAGCAACACCGACCGCAACAUAUUACGAAACCACUUACCUGCAGCUUUGGUUCCUUUUUUGAUUAACCUGAAGCAGUUCCCUUUGCGGACUUCUGGCAAGGUAGAUCGUAAAGCGUUGCCAUGGCCACCUCCACCAGUCAAUGAAACGACAUUCACAGGCAGCGCUGGCUGGUUAGCCGAACAGUGGCGGAAAGUGCUUGGGACACCCAUCCAGGACAACAGCAAUUUUUUCGACGUUGGUGGUACUAGCCUUGCUGCAGCACAGCUCGCCUCGUUGCUUCGCCGGCGAUGUCCUAGAUUUUCGGUCUUAGACAUUUACCAGCACCCGACCUUGUUAGAAAUGACCCAUCGAGUGGAUCAACUCACAAGCACGCGUCAAAGCAUGCGAGUAGUAAAGCCGACACCAACUUGGACUGGCUACAUCCAAUUUGGCAUCAUCAUAGCUUUGCUCACAUUUGAGAGCUUCCGCUGGUUUGUUGUCAUGGGCCUUUUCAAAGCAUCAGCAACGUUUCUCAUGGGUCCUCUUCCCUGGGUAGAGUCACUUUUAAUUCCAAACUGGGCGCUUUCAUUAUGUUGGAUACUCCUUGUAACUAUGCCAGGCAGAGUACUGACUACAGCUACUGUAGGACGAAUUCUUAUGGUUGGCAUCAGGCAAGGCAAUUAUGAUCGAGGAGGAUGGGUGCAUCUUCGCUUGUGGACAGCCGAACGAUUUGUGAGCUUUAGUGGAAUCAAUCCCAUCAUCGGCACGCAGUGGUGUCGCUACUAUGCCUGGCUUCUUGGCUGUCGCGUGGACCCGAGUGCACAACUCCAUGCUUUGCCGCCAAUCACAGGACUUGCAAUCUAUGGCGCGUCAUGCGUUGUCGAACCUGAUGUAGAUACUGCCGGGUAUUGGGUGGAUGGGGAUGUUUUGCGAAUUGGGACUAUUGAAAUAUCCACGGGCGCUCGAGUGGGCACCAGGGCCGUAAUGCUUCCAGGAGCCAUUGUCGAGCCUUUUGCAGAAGUGCAGCCAGGCGUCUGCGUAAAUGGGACAGUCACGGGCGGUGACUCCUUCCCCGAUAAAAUGUACACCGCCGAGCAAGAUGGUGCCUGGUCAAAGUUGCGUUACACUUUGACGCUGUUGCUAGUCGAAGUUUUGCCAGCCAUCGGCGCCAUACCCGCAGUGGCUCUCUGCGCAUAUGUUUUGAGAAACAGUGAAGCCUUGGAAGAUUCGAUGGCUACCAUAUUGAUACUGGCGGUACCAGUCACCUUGAUGAGCAUCAUAUCCUAUGCAGCUCUGUUAACAGGCCUGAUUCGGUUUACGGCAAGGUACAUGGCGCCUGGUAUAUAUUCCAGCCAUGGCGUGCAUGCCUGGGCUGCUUGGUUAACUCACCGACUCAUGAAUGAUGCCCGAAACGGUCUCUUUGUCUUUUACGCUAGCCUCCUGACACCAAUAUGGCUUCGAGUGUUAGGCGCUCGCAUCGGUCGAGGAGUCGAAGCGUCAACUAUACUUGCACCACCAUCACUUCUCCAUGCAGAUGAUGGGUCAUUCUUGGCAGAUGAUGCAUUGCUUGCGCCAUUCGAGCUUCGAGGGGGUAAAAUUAUACUAGGCGUCUCGUCAGUAGGACAGCGAGCAUUUGUCGGCAACUCUGGCAUUGUCGGGCCAGGCCACUCUACUCCAGAUGGGUCGUUGGUCGGUGUCUUGGGCAGUGCUCCAGUUCCGUCGCAAAUGCUUGCUGGCUCAUCUUGGCUCGGACGGCCAGCCAUAUCAAUCCCUCGGAGAAUGGAUAGUUUGCCGGACCCAAGACUGGCUUUUGACCCACCGUUGAGGCUCAGGAUCGCGAGGGGCGCAAUUGAGUCAAUGCGGAUUGUUCCGUUAGUAAUCUCGGCGCUCUUGGUAGAGUUACUUGUGGCUAGCAUGAUCACAAUCCUGGACUAUUGCGGCUUGACCAUUGCGAUCAUUGCAGGAGGGAUGUUGCUUUUUGCAACAGGAGCCGCAACGUGCCUGUUAGCAACAGCUGCCAAAUGGGUGUUGACGCCUAAUGUUGUAGCGGGCCAUCAGCACCCGCUAUGGAGCUCAUUUGUGUGGCGAAACGAGCUGGCUAUGACCUUUGUUGAAUCGCUGGCACUGCCAUGGAUACUUCGCCUGCUAUAUGGGACCCCUCUGUUGAAUAUGUGGCUGCGGACCAUGGGAGCUGAAAUUGGUGGAGGAGUUUGGUGCGAGACACAUCGUUUGCCGGAGGCCGAACUGGUGAGCCUGGGAGACAGCGUCACGGUCAAUCGUCAAUGCGUGUUGCAAACUCAUCUAUUCCACGACCGACUGAUGCGGCUGGGCCGGGUGAGGUUAAAGAACGGAGCCACGCUAGGCCCCGCUGCUAUCUCAUUGCCAGGAACAAUCGUUGGAACUGGUACAACAAUUGGUCCUCUGUCUUUGACCAUGCAAGGAGAGCAAGUCCCCGAUGGCGCUCGUUGGCUUGGGAACCCAAUUGGGCCAUGGGAAAUAGCGCCUAAGAGUGCACCGGAGAGUUUCUCAGUUUAG